AUGCUACAAAACGAAGACUUAAUUCCCAUCAAAGCCAUUGGACCGUUUCCUUUGUCCACGUAUCCACCCCGUAUCCGUCUCGAGCCCUUCAUCCUUUCUGCGUCUUUAUCUUUUUCUAUUCCUCUUUUCUGUUCUUUUCCCCGUCCUUUCAUUUUCUGUCUUUUUUUUUUUUCAUCUUUUUCCUCUUUGAUUUCAUUUUUCUUUGUCAGUCUCUUCUUUUACUUCAUCCUAACGAGGUUUGCAGCAUCUUCUUCGUUCUAUUCACGUUUGCAUGCCCUCCUUCCUUCUCUUCAUGCUAUUCACGUUUGUAUCAUCUUCUUCUUUCCCUUCUUACUUUUUUUUUCGUUUUUCAUCCUCUUUAUCUUUAACUUCUUUUCUUUACACCCUUCUCUUAUUUUGUCGUCCAUUUUGUUUUUCAGCUGCAUCCUAUUCAUUUUUCGAAACUUUUAUUUUUCGUACUUGUUUCACAUUUUUUUCUUUUUUUCCUGUACAGCCUCGUCUUCGUUCUUUCUUCUUCUUCUUCUUCUUCUUCUUCUUCUUCUUCUUCUUCUUUGUUCUAAUUUUUCUAUUUUGCAACCUCUUUUUUUAAUCACCUUCUUUUCACUCCUGAAUCCUUUUCUACCUCUUCUUUUUUUAACUUUUUCUUGUCUUUUUCUCUUGCAUCGUCUUCACUAUCUCUUUUUUUCCUUUCCUUCUUCUUUUCCUUUUUUUCUGCUGCAUACUCUUCUUUUACUUCUUAUUUUUUCCAUUUGUGUCCUCUUUUUAUUUUCAUUUUCUGGCCUCUUCUGUCUUUUCUUCUUCUUCCUUCUCUCUUGUAUUCCCCCCGUUUUACCCUCCCACUAUUCACCUUCAUUUCUUUUUCUUUUUUUGUGUCCCUCCUCCACAUUUCUUUUUCUUUCUCGGAAACCUCUCUAG